AUGUAUUUUGAAAAUAUAAGUCGAAGAAUAAUAAUUUAUUGCGUAUUUGCAUGUACUUUUAUUUUGUCAACGUCUGGACAUUUAUCUUUCAUUAAAGAACACGCAGAACAAAAGAAGCGGACAGUUGUCCACAUGAGUAUGACAGCAAAUGAGCCACAGCAAUCAUGGGCUUAUGUGACAGUUCGCCCUAAAGCCCAUGUCUUUUACUGGCUGUAUUACACAACCCAUUCAAGUGGAUUCAAGGAAAGGCCUCUCAUUCUUUGGCUACAGGGUGGUCCAGGUGCUUCUGGGACAGGCUAUGGUAACUUUCAAGAGAUAGGUCCACUGAAUGUUAGUUUGAAUCCUAGGAACACAACUUGGCUGCAGACAGCUAGUCUGUUGUUCAUUGACAAUCCAGUUGGAUCAGGAUACAGCUAUGUUGAUGAAAAAGAUGCCUAUACUACAGAUGUGGCUCAGAUCUCUGCUGAUUUACUGGCUGUUAUGAAAGCUUUCAUAAAGUCAAAUCCGGACUUCAGUGCAACUCCAUUCUACAUCUUUUCUGAAUCAUAUGGUGGAAAAAUGACAGCAGCUUUCAGUGCUGUUUUGUAUGAUGCAGCUACUAAAGGUGACAUCAAGAUUAACUUCAAAGGAUUAGCUCUGGGUGACUCCUGGAUAUCUCCUGUGGAUUCUACCAAUUCCUGGGGUCCUUAUCUCUAUGCAACAUCAGUAGUAGAUGUAACGGGACUUGACAGGAUCAGUGUGGCUGCUAAGCAAGUUGAAGAUCUUGUUAAAGAAGGGAAAUUUAAGGAGGCUACAAAUGCCUGGAGUAAUACAGAAAAUGUGGUGGAAAUGACAAGCGGUGGAGUGAACUUUUACAACAUUCUAGACUGGGAUGGAUCAGACAGCAACAGGAAAUAUGGAGGGCUAGAUUCAAGAAGUCCUUUGGAAAAGCUUUAUGAUCGCCAUGUGAGACCCAUGGCUAAUGAUGAUCUGGAUGUUCUCAUGAAUGGUCUUAUCAAAAAGAAACUUAAAAUUAUUCCUGAAAAUGUAAAAUGGGGAGGACAAUCAGGCGAAGUUUUUGAAUAUCAGUCAGAGGAUUUCAUGAAGAAUGUAACAUCAACAGUCAACCAUCUGAUACAGACAACACCUCUGAAAGUGAUUGUGUACAGUGGGCAGCUGGAUCUUAUUUGUGAUGUUCUAG